AUGGCGUCUGUCGAAGUAGCUGCCGAACCAGUAACGGUGGUGGCGACCGUUGGACCAAAGGCGAGGGACGAAGAGGAGGAAGAGGAGGAGUCACUGCCACCGUGCGGGGCGGUGCGCUGGGCCCCGGUGGGGGCAGUGGCAGAGGCCGGGCCUGGGGCGACAGCGUUCUCGGAAGAGGCGGCUGCGGAGGAACCCGGCGCAGCCCCAGGCUCCCCGCCCGACUCGCCCGGCCGGACACUGCGACGGCUGCGGGCUGAGCGACGGCGGCUGGACUCGGCGCUGCUCGCGCUGUCCUCGCACUUUGCACAGGUGCAGUUCCGCCUGCGCCAGGUGGUGCGCGGGGCGCCGGCGGAGCAGCAGCGCCUCCUGCGCGAGCUCGAGGACUUUGCCUUCCGCGGCUGCCCUCACGUCCUGGGUUACGGUGAGCCCGAGGACCCCGCCUGCGAAGACAGCGACGGGUUGCCGGGGGACCGGCCACGGUUGCGAGGCGAGGACCAGAGUGAGCAGAAGAAACGGGAACGUCUAAAAACCCAAAGGGAGAAGCAGAAGGAACUAAUACUGCAGCUCAAAACCCAACUAGAUGAUCUGGAAACAUUUGCCUACCAAGAGGGCAGUUAUGAUUCCCUGCCCCAGUCCGUGGUCUUGGAAAGACAGCGGGUGAUCAUAGAUGAAUUAAUAAAGAAACUGGAUAUGAAUCUGAAUGAGGACAUCAGUUCACUGUCCACCGAAGAGCUUCGGCAACGUGUGGAUGCAGCUGUGGCUCAGAUUGUAAACCCAGCCCGAGUGAAAGAACAGUUGGUUGAGCAGCUAAAAACUCAGAUCCGAGACCUCGAGAUGUUCAUCAACUUCAUCCAAGAUGAAGUGGGAAGCCCAUUUCAGACAGAUAAUGGACACUGUGAGUGCAAGGCCAGUGGGAAGACAGGAAAUAGCUCCACCAGAACUGACAGCAGCAAAUUGCCUCCAGGAAACAAUAAACCAAAGGCAGAAGAUGUGAAGAAAGUUCGGGAGACGGGGCUGCGCCUGAUGCGUCGAGCACUGGCAGUGCUCCAGAUCUUUGCUGUUAGCCAGUUUGGUUGUGCCACAGGCCAGAUCCCACAAACCCUGUGGCCAAGGGGCCAGGCUGACAGGGACUACUCUCCCUUACUGAAGAGGCUGGAGGUGUCAGUAGACAGAGUGAAGCAGCUAGCCUUAAGGCACCAGCCAUACGACCACGUCAUCACCUCUGCCAACCUCCAGGACCUCUCUCUGGGAAGCAAGGACGAGCUGACGACAGCUGUGCGAAAGGAGCUGACAGUGGCCGUGAGGGACCUGCUGGCCCAUGGGUUGUAUGCCUCCUCACCAGGGAUGAGCCUUGUCAUGGCUCCCAUUGCUUGUUUGCUGCCAGCCUUCUCCUCGACCCCCGAGGCCAUGCACCCCUGGGAACUCUUUGUAAAGUACUAUCAUGCUAAGAAUGGCCGUGCUUAUGUGGAAUCCCCAGCCCGAAAGCUCUCCCAGUCCUUUGCCCUGCCUGUUAUGGGAGGUACUGCUAUGACCCCCAAGCAGAGUCUACUGACAGCCAUCCAUAUGGUGCUGACGGAGCACGACCCUUUUAAGCGCAGUGCAGACUCAGAGUUGAAGGCCUUGGUGUGCAUGGCACUGAAUGAGCAGCGUCUUGUGUCCUGGGUGAAUCUUAUCUGCAAGUCUGGGUCACUCAUCGAGUGCCACUAUCAGCCCUGGAGCUACAUGGUUCACACAGGCUUCGAGAGUGCCCUCAACCUGCUCAGUCGCCUUAGCAGCCUCAAGUUCAGCCUCCCUGUAGACCUGGCUGUGCGCCAGCUCAAGAACAUCAAAGAUGCUUUUUGAUGAGAGUGCCCUGGCCCUACCCUGGCACCUUAUUCAGUAAAGAUAGAUGGUUAGUCUUCUAAGAUAGGGGCAGAGAGUAGGAGGAAGGAUUAAAGAUGUUUUCCCUAGCCAAAUGACUGCAAAGUCUGUUUUCCCUGCCAGGUUGGCAUCUCAGAAAGAAAUUCUGGAGACCCUCUUAUUUAAAAGUGUUUCCCUGGUGUGUAACUACAGUAUACAUGUCGCACAUAUAUUUGAGCCUAUGUAAAAAAUUAGUUAUGGCACACAGUUAAUACACCAACUCUUCAUGCCAGGUCUAAUUUUUAGAAAACCCAGGAUUCUCUAACCAUUCUGUUUAUGGUAGUGAGUUGUUGGUCCUAGAAUACAUUCAACUUGAGGCUCCUGUUGGUUAAGUUGGGGGCCAAGGUCAGGGGAAGCUGUGUUUAUUCCAUAGCUGCCUCUAAAAUUAGGAAUGGGAAUAUUCUGAGAAUAGCAUUUCUAAGGGAGUUAACCACAAGUUAAGUUUAAUAAGAGCCCUUUUUCAUAUAGAGGUAAGAACUGAAGUCUGUUGCUGACAAAGUGGUCCUCUUAGAGCACAAUGUUUUUUUGUUUUUGGAGAGGGUUGUUUACAAGGAGUGACAACCAUCGUCUGGUACUAGGACACUGGAAAGGAACUUUUCCUCUGUGCACCUCCCAAUGAUAUACUCAGACUUCUCAGAAGUAGAUGUGUUAGAGGUAUACUUCUCAAGAGAACCCUUGCCACUGAAUCAGGUGUGGAUAGAAAAACACAUCGGUGACCAGCAGCAACUUCUUCCCGGACUGUGACUCCACUUGUCCUGGAGGCUGGAUGAUGGAAGAGGUCUGAUCAUGCGAUAAGUACUACAGUGGGGGUGGGAACUAUGGCAGAUCGCUAGUGAGCACUUCAUUGUAAAACUGAUUCUAGAAUGGUCCUGUUUGGUCUUUAGUAUUUUAGCCUUUUUAGUUUGUAUGUCAUUCAACCUGCAUACUACAGGACUGACCAAAGAUGGGCUAAGUGUAUCACUUUCUGGAAAACCAAAUGGGCUCCCAACUCUACUGAUUCAACAUUGUUUCUUGUAUUAAAUUGGCAUCUGCACUUUAUGUCUGCACUAUUGCAUAGUGCAUUUUAACUUAAUUUUUUCCAGAAAUGUGUUAUUUAAGAUGCAUUGUUGAGAAUUCAUUAAAAUUAGUUCUGUGUGAAGCAGAAUAAAUGUGAAA